CCUUCACUCUCCUCCGUCUGUUCCUCUCCCCUUGCUCUCUCUCUCUCUCUCUCUCUCUUUCCCUGAACGCUCAAUGGAACGAUUGGAAAGUCGCAGAUAGCUAGAGGAAUCAUGCCGGCAUGGUGGACGAGGUCUUCUUCACCGAAGGAGGCGAAGAAGAAGAAGAAGGACGCUGAUUCCUCCAGGGCCACUUGCAAGGCGGAAUCCAAAAGCUCUAACCCGCCCGGCGGCGCGCCGGCGGGGGUUUCCCUCUUCGGCGGCAUCAAUUCACCCCGGCCUGGAGAGCUAAGCUCGCCGUCGGGGACCGGUUCAGGCUUUACAUCAGAAUCGGAACAGCCGGCCAGUCGUACGCACAGGCUCCCUCCCCCGUCGGCGCUCUCUCCGGUGGAUCAGAUCUCCUUGAUCUCCUCGGUCUCGAGCGACAGCUCGUCGGGUUCGUGCUCGGAUCCAGGGUAUCUUUUUCCCAGAUAUGUAGAUGGGGUGGACGUUCCAAGGCAAGCAAGAAAUUCAUUUUCUAUAUAUGACCAUCAAAUCCAGCAACAGUUCACAGAGAGUAAGCAGCUUCUAUCAAGCAGCCCAGGAUCAGAGUUUGUAAGGCCUCCUAAUAAUGGCUUUACACAUUCCGUAUAUGGUUCACCACAGUUCAACAAGCUUGGCUUAUCUUCUUCUCCAAAGGUGGAAUCGGAUUUAUCUUUUGCAACUGCCCAUAAUAGUUCUUAUUCUCCACCAAGAGUUUCUACAGAUACCAAAAUCAGUUUGGCCCAUAGACGAAACAGUGCGAACCAUUCACUGGCACCUAGUCCAAGAGCCAGGAGUCCUGGCCCAGGCUUGCGGGUGAAUGGUGCUUGUACUCCUCCUUUGCCCUCACGUUCAGAAUCUCCACGAUCAAGACAAGAUGACAGCAGGUUUCAGUGUCAUCCAUUGCCGCUUCCUCCAAGUUUUCCUUGCUCUCCCACUUCUCCCCCACCAACUUGUUCCACUAGUACUUCUACAUCUUCAACGCCUCAUAGUUCCACAAGGACUGGAUUUUCGAAAAGUAGUUGCACAAACAGUGAGUUGUGCCUCAAGUCAAGGUGGAAGAAAGGAAAACUAUUGGGAAGAGGGACGUUUGGACAUGUUUAUGUUGGGUUCAAUAGUGAGAGCGGCCAAAUGUGUGCAAUAAAAGAAGUCAACGUCAUACCAGAUGACCCAAGUUCCAAGGAAUGUCUCAAGCAGCUGAACCAGGAGAUAUCAUUGCUUAGUCAACUCUCACAUCCAAAUAUCGUGCAGUAUUAUGGCAGUGAUAUGGAUGAUUCCACACUGUCAGUUUAUCUUGAGUAUGUUUCUGGAGGAUCCAUUCAUAAAUUGCUUCAAGAAUAUGGCCAAUUUAAAGAACCAGUUAUCCGGAAUUAUACCACACAAAUUCUUUCUGGGCUUUCUUACUUGCAUAAAAGAAAGACCGUGCACAGGGAUAUCAAGGGUGCAAAUAUCCUAGUUGAUCCUAAUGGUGUAAUCAAACUGGCAGACUUUGGCAUGGCAAAACAUAUCAAUUGUUGUUCUACUCCACUAUCCUUCAAAGGAAGCCCUUAUUGGAUGGCUCCUGAGGUUAUAAUGAACGGUAAUGGCUAUAAUUGGGCAGUGGACAUAUGGAGUCUUGGUUGUACGGUACUUGAGAUGGUCACAGCAAAACCUCCCUGGAUCCAAUAUGAAGGGGUUGCUGCAAUAUUUAAAAUUGGAAACAGCAAAGAGAUUCCACCAAUACCUGACUAUGUAUCUGAUGAGGGGAAGAAUUUUAUAAGUCUAUGCUUGCAACGUGAUCCUUCCUUACGUCCAACAGCAGCUCAGCUUCUCGGUCAUCCUUUUGUAAGAGACCAAGCUGCAACAAAAGCUCCAAUAAUCAGAUCAGUCACAGAUCCUGGGUCAACUUCUCCUUAUGGCUUCCAGUCACUGACCUCUCCUAAUCAGGCAACAACAAGGUCAACCUGUAGCACAAGGAAUUCUCCAAUCCGUGAUGGAGAUUACAGACCACACUGUUCAGUGGGAUGCCCAAUCACACUUUCCUCAAGUGAAGAGUUGUUGUCAAGAAGGAAUAUGUCUUUGCCCGUCUCUCCCUCAUCAAGCCCAUUGAGGCAGUUCAGACCCACCGUGGCUGGCGGCUUGCUCUCUCCACCGCAUGUGAGUUCUGCAACAAGCAGGAGUAGCAGUUACCAGACACAGAACUCCGUAACUCCCCGCGUGCAAGUGAACUCAAUCUACAUGGAUCCAGAGGUUUACAGGAUGAUGAUUGCACCAGAUGGCCCAACAGCCAGACCUUACAGAUAACUGAUGAUAAAAAGAUGUUUCAAGGUAAUCGGUGGACCACUGUGCCUGGUACCUCUUUUCUCAUGAAAGCAAUAUCUGCCAUCGAUUGUUUUCUACUUUUCGAGGAAGAAGAAAGAAAGCCAGCUUCUUUUAGAGAGUUGACAUUUCUCUCUGAUGUUUCAGCAGCACCCUCAUUUUCGAAACGGUUAAAAAAUGUAUCUAUUUCCUUCCAGAAGCCCCAACGCUUCUAAUAAGCAGGUGCUAACAUGUUCACACCGAGCUUGUAAAUAUUGUAUCAAGAGUAACGCUGUUAAUGCAGUCAAGGAAGAAGUAUAGAAGCUA